AUUCGCGCCACUUUAACAUUCAAAACUUAAAUAACGAAUAUAACGAAGUAACCCUAAACCGCUGUCUGCUGGUGAGCUUCUCGGUCGAGAUGAGUGAAAGUAACUCAAGUGGUCCGAGGAAAACACGAUUUUCGGGCCUUAAAGAUGUCCUACACGGAAGACGAGCGGUGAACACUAGAAGGAACGAAAAUGAAGAGAAAAAGGACGUUCAAACUUCUCGAUGGGUGAUUCAUCCCCGGAGUCGCAGCAGGCACUACUAUCUUACGUUCAUGGUGAUCUUAACAUUCGUGAACCUUAUAACAAUUCCUCUAGACAUGGCAUUUUCUGGGGAUAUGCAAGAGAGUGGCCACAAAUACUGGGUGACCUUCAAUGUGUUCUCAGAUGUCAUUUUUUGUCUUGAUGUGGCCGUAAAUUUUCAGAUGGGUAUUUUCAGUGACGACGGUCAGGCCAUCCUGGAUCCAAAAAUAAUAAGGCAGGAUUAUUUGAGAAGUUGGUUUGGUCCGGAUGUGGUGGCUGCCUUUCCGGUUGACAUUAUCAUUAUUAUUGUGGAGCACUAUUAUCAUGCCGACACUGAUGUACUGAUGGCUUCGAAGCUGGUGCGGAUACUCAUGUUCGCCAGGAUUUUCAGUUUGAUCCGUUUACUCCGUGUGCCGAAGCUGCUGAGAUUCUGCUUUGAAUUGGAAAGCGUCACUGACAUACAGCUUGAAGAAGUCAAGAGGUUUUUCAGGGUGUUUUUCAUGUUCCUGUUGAUGAUCCUCAUUUGGCACUGGAACACAUGCGUUCAGUACUUCAUAUCUCAGCUGGAGGAGUUUCCCCAAGACUGCUGGGUCAUGCAAGAGAAUAUCAAGAAUGCCUCAAUUGGGGAAAAGUACUCCUAUUCUUCCUUCAGAGCUUUCUCUCAGUUGGCCUGGAUUUCAGCUAAAUCAAUUCUACCACCAACACGCAUGGCAGAACGGUGGACGGCAGUGGUUAGCAUGGUGAUUGGAUAUUUAAUGUGUUUCGGUCUUAUUACCUGCUUGAUCUCAACAGUCGGAGGGAUGUCUGUGUCUGGCAAUGAAUACAAGAAAAAGAUCAGCCAGCUACAAUCCUCCAAAAUGUUCAAAAAGCUUCCCAGGGCGUUGCGUCAGCGCACCACUGCCCAGUGCAAGUGGCAGUAUGAUAAGAAGAACAUCCUUGAUCUGGUGUCAAAACGGCUGAGAAAGGAUAUUAUGGCAGAUAUGUGUCCCAACCUGCUGAGCAAAGGCUCCAUGUUUAUAAAGCACGACAGAGAAUUCACCGAAGCCAUCUUGGUGAAGUUGGAGUACGAGUUAUUCAACCAAGGAGACAUCAUCAUUCAUCAGAAUGCUAAAGCUGACCACAUGUUCUUCAUCGAGCAUGGACGGGUGCUCGUGAAGAAUGAAUCCUUCCAAAUGGAGCUGCGCGAUGGAGAUCAUAUUGGAGAGAUCAGCUUCCUGUUCGGUGGAAGGCAGUUGGCCACAGUUUCUGCUCUGACCGCCUGCAGCCUUUUCUCCCUGUCGUUACAACAGUUUCAGAAGAUUGAGGAAGAGUUUCCGCAUGUUGUGAACGAACUGAGAACAGCGGCUCAACAGCUUAAAAAUGAUCUUGAGGGUGUUGAGCUGGAACUUCAAGUUACAUCGACAUCGAACCGUCUGUGAGACCACAGACCAGGCCCUAGUGUUUAGUCAAUUAGUCAUCUACUGAAGAAGAUUAAAAAAAUAAUUAAAUACAAUUUUAACUGGGUUUUUAUAUUUUUAUGUAUAGUUUCAACG